GACUUUAUCCUGUUUGCUGCCCUACAUGUAGUGAGGAGCAUGAGGGAGUAAACGAGGGAGAGAGAGAGAAGAUAGGAGUUAACGUUAACCACCUGCAUUAGACGAAGAACAAAGUUUCUACUCCCGAGCACAAGGUCUGGUGACUUGAUAUAACGGGAGAAGCGCCUGCUCGCCUUUCUGGGCUCGUAAGCGGUGAGGCCAGGCUCCAGAGACUUUAUACCUUCGGCACGAGGCCGGUAGUCCAGUCUGCUCAAGGUGUCAUGGAAGCGGGAACUGUGUACGAGGAGGUUGUCAAUAGUCUUUUCACAUCUAUCCUGAGCGGACUCAGAACAGCGGCCAACAUGACGCUGCUGGCGGCAGUCGUGGCCUGGGACUGGCGCUUCUUGACAACGACGCUGGUCUUUCUGGCCACGCUUUACGUGGUGCGCUUCUACCACAAAAUUUCGCAAUACCCGAAAGGGCCGUUCCCUCUGCCUGUCGUCGGAAACCUCCUCACUCUGGCCAAGGAAAAAGAGGUCCACAAGAAAGCCAUCACGUGGUCAAAGUAUUACGGAGACCCGUUCACUCUGUGGAUGGGCACUCAGCCGAUGAUCGUGCUCAACGGGUACGAAGUCAUCAAGGAAGGAUUCGUCGACAGACGCCAUGAUUUCGCCGGCCGAUUUGCGACGAAACUCGGUGAUAUUCAGAGAAUUGGCGACCAUGACAUCGUCUUUGAAGAUUACAACGCCACAUGGAAAGUCCUUCGCAAGGUAGCUGUCACUGCUGUCAGAAAGUAUGCAGUAAGCGAGUCCCUGGAGAAGCUAUGUACAGAGGUUGUGGAUGCCUACGUUGACUCAUUGGAUGACGAACCCGUGACACUCGAUGCCAGAGAUCCUCCCAUGUUCAUCAUCUUCAACGUACUCUCAGCAUCAGCCUUCAGCGCCAAGUUCGACGCCAAGAGCGCCGACCUUGCUCGCAUACUCAGCAUCAACCGUGCUUUCACGGAACUGGCACCAAACGGACUGCCUAGUGACAUAGCUCCCUGGCUGGGCAUCUUAUACCGUGCGAGAGAAAAAAAAUGCGAAGAUAUGUUCAAGGAGAUGCGAUCCAUCGUCGACAGGCUGUAUGCUGGAGCAAAGAAGACCUAUGAGCCAGGAAACAUAUCUAACUUCACCCAUGCCAUGCUGGCUGCAAGGGACGAAGCCCUGGAGCAAGAAAAAAGCGACGCCGAAUUUCUAACUGAAGGAAACAUGGUUCAAAUACUGAUAGACAUAUUCGGAGCUGGAACUGACACAUCAAUUGGGGAGCUACAGUGGCUUCUUCUCAAGAUGUCGCGAGAUCCAAGCAUUCAAGAAAAAAUAAAGAAAGAAAUCGAAGACAAUAUAGGCCAGUCGCCGCCGACAAUGAAGGACCGAGAAAGGCUACCGUACACUGUGGCCUGCAUCAUGGAGACGCUUCGUUUUUAUCCAAUCGCACCGUUCGGCCUCCCGCAUAAAACGUCACAUAACACGGAGAUCGCCGGCGUCCCGAUUCCCAAGGACACCAGGCUGAUGUACAACAUAUACAACGUCAACCACGAUCCCAAGCUCUGGCCGGACCACGAAGUGUUCAGGCCGGAGCGGUUCUUGGAUCCAGUCACAGGAAAGCUCGCAUCCAAGGACCGCCUGCCGCCUCUUCUCAGCUUCGGCCUCGGACCUCGAACGUGUCCAGGAGAGAAGUUGGCGCAAGCGGACAUGUUCUACGUGCUCGUGAGACUCAUGCAGCGGCUCAGCGUAGCAGCGCCCGACGGCGCGCUCGGACAAGAAGUGGCGGCGAUGGGACACAGCUUCUUCCUCAUUGCGGGUCGCCAAAAUGUCGUUCUCACCAAGAGUCCCUGAAUGUUAUCGUGCCGAAGGGUGGUGUGUACCUGCCUAUCUCUGAGGUGCUCGGCGAUAAUUUGUAGUCGUAUUGUUGAAUCGGUAUGACGUGUAGCGCAACGCCGUGACAUGGACACGCCAAGAAGGAACGACAGACACAACACAUCGCUUUAUUGGACAAACAACGACAUUUUUUUUUUAUUUCUGCACCUGCUGUAUAGUUGUACCCGAGCCAUGUGCAACACAAACUACGUGUCAACACAAAUUUUAGGCGACCAUAUUGGAUACGAAAAAUAAAGAAAACCUUCCUGAAAACAAAAACACGCAAGCGACCAUGAGCCGUAUGAUACAUUUCAAUGACAAACGCUAAUCCAGGCAUCCGCACGUACUCUAGUUUGCUUCUAAGGUUAAUUUUAACGUGGUUUCUGACACACAUGACUAGAGUAUGAGUACAGCUUGUCGCGGAAUGUGAUUUCGUUGUUGAAAGUGUAGUGCUGGAUAACUGUCGUUUCUUGUCGUGUCCGUGAUGUGGAAAGAACAGGAUGCAUAUAUCUGUGAUCACCCUAUACUGUGCAAGUAUAAUCAAUGUUUGUUAAAUCAACCUCACUGUAAUAUGCACAAUAAACGGUGCGCACAUGA